GGUCGCGUAUGCCCGACGAGUCUUAUUCCUGUGCUCCCGACUACGUAUACCAACACAAAUUAUAAAAAAUAAAUUAAAAAAAAAUGUGUUAACCAUAGUGAGGUCACAGUGCAAUGCUAUAGUGCCAUGUGAUUUUAUUGUGUAAUCUGAGGACUGUUCGCGCGAGAAAGGAGUACGACAACGACGCAAGCGGACAAUAAUUGAGAAAAUAACAGUUCUCAGUCCCGUCGAGGAUAUAGAGGCACAUUCGAUUACAACUCGCGUGUUAGAAAGGUCAUAUUACAGAAGUCACGCGGCAGCGGCAGAUAAAAUGGCACUUCAUUUGAAAAGGAAAAAAUAAAAAUGUGAUAAUAAUAUCAAAUUUAAAAAUAUAUCUUUAAAAAAAAUGUUUGCGAAACAAAACCGUUUUUGGGAUAGGAGAAAGGGUAAAAUUGCACGAUGACGCCACGAUACCGGUUUAACGAUUGUAUAAAAUAAUUGACACAAAUUAUUAUUUUAGGUAAACGCUUCACUAGUACACUAGGAUUGCUUUUUUGUGUGUUGCCGUUCGUGACGCGUGUGUGCGAUUAAGGUAUUUUUCUUUUGCGUAUUAUAUAAGUUAUUGGUAUAAUUUUCGGUAUCGUUACAUUAUUUACUGUAUUUUUUUUGUCGCUGUCCAGAAGCAAUAUUAGGUAAGAGGCCUUUGUAUACUGCACGCGUUUCGAUUAUUUGUUUAUAAAUUGUAAAUAAUAACAUUAAAAUAAUUUAAAAUUUAUCUCCACUAAUUAGAAUUGAUAUCGGUACGUGAUUAAGGUAAUCUGUAUAUAAAUAUUACGACUUUUAUCGAUUAUUCAAUGCUUUGAUAUUAGUCUUCGCAUAAUAUAGUUCGGAAAAAACGGGUAUUAAAUUUAAUUGUGUAAAAAUUAUCCGCUGUAAAAAUAGUUAAAAUCUUUAAAUAUUUGAAUAUAUAAUAUUCCGUUCCUAUAGGCAAUACGAUUUUAAUAAUUUGAACCGUGCAAUGUUUUUAUUCUAAAUAAUAGUUUUCGUAUUCACAUUACGGGGCCAAAUAAGUCUACUUUCGAAUCUCAAGUUUUAUAAACAAUAAACAACAAAUCGUGUAGUUAGUUUAAUUCGUUAAUCUGUCGUUAAAAACCGGUACUGCCGUUCUUAGCCUCAAUAAUAUAGAUACCAAGAUGGUACCAAACGCUACAACUCUGUUGGCCGCAAAGACGACGAUGAGUACACACUUCAAUGGAACACUUGGGUUGAAUUCCACGUUCCUAGUUCCAACAUACAUGAGCCAGGAGGAAUUUCUGGCGUUGCAGAUGACGAAUGCGUCGGACGCCAAUACAACAGUGUCGAACGAUACCACAAUCAACCAAGUGGUAUUAAAAACCUGGUACCCCAGUGGGUAUUCGCCUGCGCACAUCAUUAUUGCUUCAGUGGUUGUGACAGUGCUAAUGAUAAUGGUGGUUGUAGGUAAUAUGUUAGUUAUAAUAGCAAUUGUGACAGAAAAAGCAUUGAAAAAUAUACAGAAUUGGUUUAUAGCGUCCUUAGCAGUGUCAGACUUUUUCUUAGGGUUAGUGAUAAUGCCGUUUUCACUCGCUAACGAGUUAAUGGGCUACUGGAUUUUCGGGUUUUGGUGGUGUGAGAUACAUUCAGCCAUGGAUGUGUUGUUGUGUACUGCUUCGAUUAUGAAUUUGUGUCUUAUAUCGUUGGAUCGAUAUUGGAGUAUCACGCAGGCCGUGGACUACCUAAAAAAGCGGACACCAGCGCGAGCAGCGCUUAUGAUAGCCGCUGUGUGGCUAAUGAGCGCGUUAGUGUGUAUACCGCCUUUACUAGGGUGGAGAGUAAGCCGUCCGCCUGAGCAGUUUCCACAGUGCAAGGUAAGCCGCAUCAACCAGAAUUUGCGAACGGCAUUUUUCAAGAUCAGCAUUUUCAUAACGAGAUACAUGAAUACAGCUACAAUAAUAUGUCCAGGAGUGAGUUAAACGGGAGAAGGGAGAGGAAAUUUAAUCACCCCGAAACGGGAUUUUACAUUUUAAUGUGGCUCUCAAUGACACCGUAUUGUAAUAAUUAUGAUUAUAUCAAUUCGCCCGCUAUAUAAAUUUCUCCUCUAGAGACAAAAAAGUAAUUUUAUUACUUUAGCGGAGUUCUGUUAUUCCCUUGGGUUAAAACCAUUCUAUUUAUUUAUACUUUGAAGUUGUGUGCGUUCUUAGGUUUGGAUGUAAAAGUGUUGAGAUGUUUAAAGGUAUUAAAGACACAGUAAUAGUUUAUGUGCAUUAUAUCUUAGAAAACUUUUAUAAGAAUGUGCUGAUCUUCAAAUCGAAUCAAAACUGCCGGAUCAAG